UAUAAAAAUGGCAGAAAGAACAUUAGAUUAUAUAGAACAAAGAAAUUCAGUUAGAAAAAUAGUAACUUGGCCCUGGAAUUUUGUGUUUGGAUUAAAAAGUUUCCAAACAGUCCAACACAUAUAUAACUUCACUGCCAGAACAAUUUUUGCAGCUUCAAGUCUAAUUCCAUUUUUAAGUAUCACUACCAUAAUUUGUUAUAGCCACUUACAACACCCAUUAAUUUGCAUAUGCUGAAAAUUCUGUGCGUCUAACAAGAUAUAGAAAUUAUCACGAUGACAUUAUCUGAUAUUAUUCAAACACAUUCAAC